AUGCACGGACCCCCGCCAACGCCGACAGAUGGAGACCCGAAGCGCAUUCCCGUCACUGAUCCGGGGAAGCCCACCCAGCCAAGGUGGACUAGUUUUGGUCUAAAUGCAUCCCUUGCGAAAGUACGUCAGAUGCAGUUUCGCUUAAACGAACCGAGUCUCUGGCAGAAAGAAGCCUCGGAGCGCAUCGAGAAAGCGAUGGAAAAAGAAGCACGACGGUUAAGUGUGAUGUCGGUCAUGUAUUCGAGACUCGCUGCCGGCCGCGGUGAACAAAAAAUAACGAAGAAUAAACUUGACAGGGCCGCUUCCGCUUGGUGGCCAAGCAACCAAACUCAGAUGAAGUAUGAACGGCAGGCAGAGGACAAGUUGGGUAAGAGGGACUUCAGUGCUAUAGUAGCUGGCAACCUGCUAGUCAGUCCACUGCUGCGCCAUUACAACGAAUGGCUCGUCGUCACGGAAGUAGAGGCAACCAGGGAACUGGCGGAGAUUCUGACGGCGGAGAUGGAAAUGGAGCAGAAAGGGUUCGACCACGGUGACGCACAAGAACGUCCUCGAUAUCGGCUCGAUGAGCUGGCUGGUCAACCGGCAACAUGGAACGAUGGACCCUCACCGCGACUUCUCCGUUGGCUUGGGAGCAAGCACCUGCUGGAGAGCCAGGAACCUCUAGCGAGGCCGAAGAGACGGCGUGUUACACGUGCUAGAUUAUUUUCAUCUCCAGCAUUGGGAGCGCGAGUGCUCGAUACAAUUAACGAAGAAGACAGCUCACCAGAGAGUCAGAUGCAGCAGGGUGGACCGCUGGUUCCCGCAGAGAACCAAAAUGCUCAGAGGCAGACCGCUUUAGAAACAGAUCUAGCGGCAGUGGCACUGGAUUUUGUGUGGCAAGGAUUCUCUGCAAAGGACAAAAUUGUUUUACGAAAGCUGGUCCCUCAGGUUGACCGUGCGCUUGAGAACUUAAUACGCAAAUGCUGGCGUCUAGGCCCCGUGACAUCGAGGAAAGCAGUGAAACAGGAGAUGCUGCAGAAGUUGGGGGAGAAGGUCUUCGCGAAGAAACUGGCGGAGAGAGCGAAGAAUUGGCAAACAUCCAGGAGGACUAGGACCGUCAAAAACAAAGGACCUGAAUCUGUUCAUAGGCUGCCCACCAAGCAGUGGGAGGAUAUUCUCAAACAUAAGUUUGACAGGCGACUGUGCAGCACGCAAAACGAGGAAGAGGAUAAUGCUGCACGUGACAUGGAAAAAACUACGUAA